AUGGGGGGCAAGUCUGCUACCAAGGCCGCUUACUUCGAGAAGCUCAAGAGCCUUCUCGAUGAGUACCGCACCGUCUUCAUUGUCGGUGUCGACAAUGUCAGCUCGCAGCAGAUGCACGAGAUCCGUAUCUCGCUCCGCGGUGAGGGUGUUGUUCUGAUGGGAAAGAACACCAUGGUCCGCCGUGCCCUCAAGGGUUUCAUCACUGAGAACCCCGAGUACGAGCGUCUGCUGCCCCACGUCAAGGGCAACGUUGGUUUCAUCUUCACCAACGGCGACUUGAAGGACACCAGGACCAAGAUUUUGGCCAACCGUGUCGCGGCCCCCGCCCGUGCCGGUGCCAUCGCUCCCGGCGAUGUCUGGAUUCCUGGCGGUAACACCGGUAUGGAACCCGGUAAGACCUCGUUCUUCCAGGCCCUCGGCGUCCCCACCAAGAUUGCUCGUGGUACCAUUGAAAUUGUGUCGGACCUCAAGCUCGUCGAGGAGGGCACCAAGGUCGGCCCCUCUGAGGCCACCCUGCUGAACAUGCUGAACAUCUCGCCCUUCACCUACGGUAUGACCAUCUCGCAGGUGUACGACAACGGUCAGACCUUCGGCGCCGAUGUCCUCGACAUCGACGACGAGCAGCUGCUGUCCAGUUUCAGCCAGGCCAUCAAGACCAUCACCGCCAUCUCACUGGCCACCAACUUCCCCACUGUUCCAGCUACCCUCCACUCGCUCAUCAACAGCUACAAGAAGGUCCUGGCUGUCGCCAUCGAGACCGAGAUCAGCUGGCCCGAGAUUGAGGAGCUCAAGGACCGCAUCGCUAACCCCGAUGCCUAUGCCUCGGCUGCCCCUGCUGCCGCUGCCGCUGGUGGGGGUGAGGAGAAGGCCGCUGAGAAGCCCCAGGAGGAUGAGGAGGAGUCCGACGAGGACAUGGGCUUCGGUCUCUUCGACUAA